UAAAGAAGCAAAUCCGAGGCUCCUCCCCCUCCACAAAACUCAUCUGAUGAAACACAACACACCGAGAGCCGGGGAAUCAAAGACAUCGACCACACUGGAGUAACACCACCAAUCCCUCAGCACACCUCCAGCUCGCUCUUUUUCAAAGCACGCAAACAACAGCGACUGGAGCGGAUCGAGAGGAAUAUAUUACCCUCGCCACAGAACAAUGAACGCGGGCUGAUUUCUCAGGGACAGAUGAACUGUUUGAGGAUUAAUGGGUUCAAGGAAAUAGGACUGCAGUGAGAUUUGUUUACAAACAAGACACAAUGCAACGCAGGAUUUUCUGAAAGAUUGAAACUAAAAGACAAUGCUGUGCCGACUAUAUUGGAUCCGACAGUAAUGUCGCAUCACUCAAGUGUUAUGAGGUUGACCAGUCCUGUCCUGUCGUAGGCGUCCUGCUGACCCUUCUCCAGUUGGGUCUGGAGUGCAGCGGCGUGUGGCCGAGAGGACUUCUGAAAAAUGAAGUCCAGUCUGAAACAGUGGCGGCGGCUGACCCUCGGCCUCAUGCUGGCCUGGGUGUUGCUGUUCCUGGCACUCUUCUCCUACUUCAUGGAGUCACGAGUGGACGACCCACAGUCAGCCGCUGCUCUCUCCUACACAGACACGCGCCGCCUGACCUCGCUGCAGGGCAACCCCCGCACCAUAAUGACCACCCAUUUGGGGCUUGCCACCACCGCCACCCCCUCCGCCUCCAGCAACACCCAACAGGAACAAAGCCAGGAGGAAAAUCCCAGUGCCGAUCCCCAGCCUAGUCCGCUCAGCCAGGAGGCCUACCCCUAUCCCGACCCUCAGAGCCUGGCGGCCUGGUCUGCAUUCGGCACCCAGGACGUGGGCUCCAGAUCGGCCUCCGUGAGCCGCAGCCGUGAGAGACAAGAGUAUAACCAGGAUUCCCCUCGACAGGAUGAAGAAGAGGAGGAAGAGGUGGUGGGAGGAGAAGAGGAGGAGGAUGAGGAGGAGGCAGAUGACGGCUGGAGGAGGAAGGCUAGGUAUGACGACUCUGACCCGGAUGAGUACUACGUUCCCAGGUCAAAAUCCGUAGUGCACGGUUUGUGGAAAGGGAGUUUGUCAGUGGGCAUGCUCAGUCCUCGCCUGCAGAGAGCUAUGAAAGACUACCUGAAUAAUAAUAAACACGGCGUGACCUACAGGGGGCGCCGGAGGACACAACAGAGUGGCCAGCAGGUGUUGUGUGAGCUGAAGAAGGGGGAGAAGGUUCGAACUUUGGAUGGGGCUGAAAUGCCUUUCUCCAGUUUAGGCUGGCAGAAGAUUGUACCUGCUUUACCCUUAAGCCAGCUCUACGGGCCAGGCUUCAAGACCUGCGCUGUGGUCACCUCUGCCGGAGCCAUGCUUCACUCAAGACUUGGCAAGGAGAUUGAUUCCCAUGAUGCAGUGCUGCGUUUUAAUACAGCGCCUACAAAGGGUUAUGAAAGAGACGUUGGGAAUAAAACCACCAUGCGCAUAAUCAACUCUCAGAUCCUAGUGAAUCCCAAGCACCAGUUCAACACAAGCUCACUGUAUAAGAAUAUAACACUAGUGGCGUGGGAUCCUGCUCCAUACACCCUCAACCUGCACAAAUGGUACUCAAAUCCAGACUACAACCUGUUUGCUCCAUAUGUGGAGUACAGGAUGCUCUUCCCUGCUCAGCCUUUCUACAUCCUGCACCCAAAAUACAUCUGGCAGUUAUGGGACGUGAUUCAGGGAAACCAUCUGGAGAACAUUCAGCCCAAUCCACCCUCCUCAGGGUUCAUUGGCAUCCUGCUGAUGAUGUCCUUGUGUGAAGAGGUUCACGUGUACGAGUACAUUCCUUCGCUGCGACAGACGGACCUGUGCCACUAUCACGAGCGUUACUACGAUGCCGCCUGCACUCUGGGUGCAUACCAUCCCCUGCUCUAUGAGAAAAAGCUCAUCCAGCGAAUGAACGUCGGCUCCGAGGACGAUCUCAAACGGAAAGGCAGAGUCACGCUCCCCGGAUUCAAGAACGUCCACUGCGAGCCCUGAACAGAAGGAUGCAGUAACAGUCUUUGUGAAGCAGAAGUGAUCUGCAGACUGAUGCAGGAGCGCACCGAGACGGUUCAGAACGGACUAUAGAUGGUGCUCUGCGGGACACAACCUUCUGCUGUAGUUCACUCAGAAAUGCAUUUCCUGAGCCUAAGCUUAAAGAUGGUCACAACAGCAAUAGAUACGUCAUAAGAAAAGCUUUUUAGGUUUGUGGAUGUUUGUGGUGGUAAAAGCCAUCAAAAACUGUGUUUUUUAUUUUAUAAUUUUUAACAGAACUCUGUUUUUCACAGGGUUUAAAGUAUUAGCAGUCAUAAACACUGAAAGUUACACUGUCGGGGGGGAAAAAGCAAUCACAUAAAUACAUUUUAGCACAAAGACUAGAUUCAUACUCGGUCUUAAAAUGAGCUUUAUUAAUCUGUCUAAAGAUUUUUUUUUCCUGCAUACUGACAGAUUUAAAGCUUAUAACACCAUAAUGUUGUGAUUUAUAUUUUAUUUAUUUUUUAGGUGUAAUUUUCUGCUGUGAUACAUUAUGCCACACUCAUCUGCCUCUUCCAGAAUGUCUCGGUGAACUAGUGGCAAAUGAAUCAAUAGUUUUUUUCCUACUCUGUGUAGAUGAUCCUUCAAAAGCAGAGUGCUUACAUGCACCUGUUAUUGAAUGUUGUUUAUUUAAUUCUCUUCUAGUAAUUUUAUACCUUGAAAAACUUGUCAAGACAGGUAGUUUACUGAAAAAAAUAGGAUUUUAAUUGUGUGUACUAUGGACUCAUGCAGCACUGUAAAUCUUAUUCGGGACUUUAAGGCUGUUGGCAAUAUCACAAGUACAGUGGUGGUAUAUUAUGUAUUAAAUAUAAACCAAGGUUUUAAUGUCUUGUCCGUAAAAUCAAGAGUUUUCUUGACUCCAGCUGGAGUAUUUAAAAGCGAAUGAAUUACCAGUGCAUCUUUGCGUCAUCUUCUCUUAAACGUAGAGUUGUUCGUUUAAAGCGAUUUUCUACAGGAGGUAAAACUUGAAGGUUUGUUAUUUAGCUGCGUGCAUUGUUUCAAUGUGUGCCGUCUGAAUUAAGAUACACUUUCGCAGGCUGAUUUUUCUGUAUAUCUGGUGAGAAGAGAUAACGUCUGUUUUAAUCGCUGUUGUAUAUUGUAGAAGUAAAACUAGUAAUUGAUUUCACUCAGGAGCUCAUGAUACUCUGAAGCUGCGGCUCUCACCAUGAAAGAUUUCAUCUUCCUUCUAGUACGAUGAUAAGCAGAGAUUUGUCAAGCUAAUAUUCGACCUUUACUCUGUCCUAUUUCCUCAUGUUGGGGGAUUGUAGAUGUAGGAAAACCGAAGAAUAUUGUUGUUGUUGUUUUUUACAGUGGAAUACAAAAUGAGGUUUGGAUGUAAACUCUUCUCAGUAUGACUCAUUGUUGGGCUGGCCGUGGUUGCCUCCAGUCUGUGACAGUUUGAUUAUUAAAUAGUGUUUUUUAAUCAACAGGGCAAUGGUAAUUAAAUGACAGUGGGAGAGCAUAUAAACUUGCAUACCACUGAAACGUUUGGGGUCAUUCCCCUUUUUUGUUUUUAAAAAUAAUUUUCUCCUAUGGUCACCAGGGCUGCAUUUAUUUGCUCAGAAAUACAGUAAUACUGUGAAACAGUAUCACAAAUUAAAAUAAGUGUUUUUCGAUUUUAUUAUAUUUUAAAAUGUAAUUUUUUCCCCCUUCAUUUGCACAGCUGAGUUUUAGCAUUGUUGCCCCAAACAUCAGUGUCACAUGAUCCUUCAGAAAUCAUUCUAACGUGCUGAUUUGGGGUUCGAAUAAACAUUUCUUAUCAGUAUUUAAAACCGCUGUGCUGCUGAAUAUUUUUCGCAGAAACCAUGAUGGGAUUCUUUGAAUAGAAUGUUCAAAAGAAUGUCAUUUAUUUGAAAUGGAUUUAUUCAUGUUUUUACUGUGACUUGAUCAACUGAAUGCAUCCUUGCUGAUAAUAAGUAUUAGUUUCUAAAGAAAAAUAAAAUAAAAAUUGAACGGCAAUGUAUGCCAACCUUCAGGCCAUGGCUUUGCCUGACAGUUGUUUGUCAUUGUGAUGGCCAAAUGUCAUGUGAAACUAUGGAGGGACUAAACCUGUCUGCUACUUUCUCUUUAGUCUUUUUCACGCUCUACGAUCAGAGACGGAGUUGUGUGUCCUUCCUCUGUGAAUGUCUCUUCCUAAGCCUUUAACACGAGGUGUUUUAGCAGCAUAAACGCUUGUCCCUGUUUCUCACUGACGAGACAUGGUGACUGGAGACAUGGCUGUUUUAAGAGUAUUAUUUCAAGUGUUCACUGUAAAAAAACAAUAUAUAUGUAUUAAUGUGUUGGGUGAUAUGACUACUUUCAGGGAUUGGGGGCGGGGGAUGUACAUUACAGUGCUUGUUAGUAUUCAUGGUGUUAACUUUACAGUUCUAGAAAUGUUAGGAUUUAGCCCAGGGUGUCAAACUCAGCUCCUGGAUCGCCACAGUCCUGCCGAGCUUGGCUCCAACCUGCUCCAACACCCCAAUCUUUAGUUUAAAUGAUUUUAAAGAACUUGAUUAAAUUACAGAGUCGGAGCUAAACUUAGGGCUAUGACCCUCAGGGAACAGGUUUGACACUCCUGAUUGAGCCUAUAAUGGGAAAUGUGAGUGGAGUCUCUAGGUUUAGGUCUGUUUUGAGUAUAUGACCUUUGAAAAGAGGAAACCGAGGUGAUUUCAUUGGCGAACUUCAAUGCUGUGUGGUGGAUGUGCAUGGUACAAUUCAGACUGUGCCAAAUGUGCUUAUUUACUGUGUGUGUGUGUGUGAGAGAGAGAGUGAGAUAAUGUUUGUAUGGUAGUCAAUUUGUGUAUCUGUGCCAAUAUUCCUUGCCACAUCUUUUGAAAGUAUUUUCCUUUCCCUUCUAUACCUUACAUUUUCUCAUUACUGUAUAUACAUUUAACAAAUUUUCUUUAAAUGUCAGUUAUUUGUCCGUUGCUUACUGUAUGUAAAUUCUGCACCACACAUCCCUUUAUCUGUUUUUCCCCUGCUAAUGUUAUGUCUGUGAAAAAGUAUUUAUCUUUAGAUUGUAAAUAUUUGCGAUUGUCUAUUACAGGCCAGUUCCCUUUCAAAAGCAAUGGGAUGCUUUAAAAUGUUUAUUUCUCCAUAUGCUAAUAUACAUUUGUCAUUGAAUCAAUUUUUCAAACCACUUCAUGUUAAAAUAGUCUUUUGACCAUUGUUUGUAUAAUAAAACCUUCACCUUUACUUGA